UCGUGUUGUUGUGGCGCUGCGGUAUCGCGGUUAGUACAUAGAGAAACAUACUAUGUAAGUAUAUUUCUCUAUGGCACGGAGGAAAGAAAUGUGUUCUAUGGUUAGUAGGCCACCCUAGCGGUUAGCUUGAAUUGUCGGUUCCGACGACAGCUGUUCAGUCGUGCUGUAGCGGGUUGUGUAUUCAAAUGCCGCACGAAAACCGUUCGACUGCACCUGCAGGGCCUAGCAGCUUUCGAGCCCUCUACAAGGAAGAAUGCAACAAGUUUUACAUGUGCACACGUCGCACGCUGUUGUCGAAAAUUCCCGCUGACGCCUCUUCGCUUGAUCUGUGCGUGGACAUAAUUCGGGCAGAAGAAUGGAAGCCACUCUUGCAGGCCCUCCGUGUGGACAAAACACUCGAGGCCAUCGCCUUCAAAUCGUCGUUUCUGAGCAACUACCCCGAGCUCAUCGCUGAUGUUGGCCGCCUACAACUGGUGCAAGAUAGCAUCCACGUGCCUGCACUGUUCACACCGGAGAUGCUCAAGCUGUUCUGCUCUGCCCUCUCCGGACAUCUCAAGAACAAUACCAGCCUCAGAUCAUUGGAGCUAGUCGGCUUUCCUUUCUCCCUGGUUCACCUGCAAGAGCUGUCGGCGGGCAUCCGUGCAUCAGCAUCCAUUGUGGGUGUCACAAUUGAUGGCAGCUCACUUGGCAAGCAAGGCCUCGAAGCACUGUGCCAUGCCCUGUGCGAGAGGGAAAAUGUGCGUGUGCUCAGCCUCUGCGACUGUCGACUGGACAGCAGUAACGCUCACUUGAUGGCCUGGCUCCUGCAGCAGCAGAGUCUCGGCCGCCAGGGGGCACUGUGGCAGGGAGUGCUGCGCCAGAGUGCACUGGCGCUAGACUCUCUGCAGGGCCUGCGACGACUCAGCCUGUGUCGCAACCCGCUAGGUGAUGAGGGUGUCUGCGCCUUGGCCGAAGCUCUUACGGACAACCUCUGCCUGAAGGCGCUUGACCUUCAGAGCUGCAAUGCUGGCAAUGCUGGUGCGUCUGCCUUGCUCAAGCUGCUGCAAAACAAUGUCGUACUGGAGGUGGUCGACAUAAGACAAAACCCAAACAUAGACGCUGAGCUAGCCAAAGACAUUGCGGCCAAGGUGUUUUCAAAUCGACAUGGAAGACGGUGUGAGUACGAAGUCCUCCCUCUGGGCAAAUGCCAGCCGCUGCCGCCUUGUCACCAGAGAAGCAGGUCAACUGGUAGAUCGCAAGAGAGGAGGGGUGCACGAGGGAAGCAGCGCUCAUCCUCUCUGGGAAGAACUAUCACCGUACCACUCACGGCAGAGUUUGAAACUGCAUCACCCCACUAUCAUCCAACUAAACGGGUUGAGGAGGACCUGCGUCAAUGCGAAGAAAACUUGCGAAAAGAGAGGGAAAGCCAGACAGAUAUUGGAAAGAAAGCUUCUUGAGCUUUUUGAGGAAAACCGACAGCUACGCUCUAAGCAGUGCAAGGGUUGCCAGCAGCCUGGAUAUACACUAGUUGCGAAUUCACUGCUGAACAACAUAGAAUCAGCUUUUAUCAAGUUCAAAGUCUACAUCACUGCUCUCAAACGCACAGAAAAUAGGAAUCCCGUUGAGACAGUGGCUGCUAAACAAGAUGUGCAAGUGCCUGGACAAGUCCUGCGAGGAGAAAGGAGUGUUCAUUCUUCCACAAAAGAAAGCACAGCUAAUCCAAGCGUACUCAGUGACCCAAUGCACAGUCUUGCACCAACGAAAAAUCCAGUGACACUGAAGCCACUCGAGUAUACUGAAGAGUUUGUUCAAAGCAAAGCCAAACAGAUCAUCUCAGAAAGAAGUGGCACUGCUGACCUCACCUCUUCAACCGCUCGGAACAAGCAAGCAUACAGGAAGCAUACAACCAGCUCAGUCAAGCCAGGAGGAAGUCAGUCAGCCUAGAAGCAAGCUCAGUAACACUUCAGAUAUGGAGACAUCUAAGCGGCUGUCAGAGCUGCUUGGCAUUGAUCAAAUUCCAUCUAAAUUGAUGCCUAGUACAGUGGGAUCACCCGAUUUCUUUCCGAUGGAGACACUUGAUGGUGACGCUGGCUCAUGGAAGUAUGAUCUUAAUGCUUCAGCAGGCUUUGUCAGAAGGUGGAGAAAAACUUCGUGCCACCUCGCAAAAGCCAAACAGCACAGAGUCAACAUUCACAAACUAUUCACAUGACAGCACUCUGGUGUCUUCUAUACCGGAGAAAGUAGUGUCCACCAGCUCUGCAGCGGCUAGCUAUAAACAGACACCGGCUGCUGUUGUGAGCUGCAGCAGAUCAUCAUAGCCAGAAGUCAGGACACAGUAUCACUUUCAUCUAUGCCAAGCAGGUCUUUUGAAAUCCAUACAGCUGACAUCACAGUAAGCAGCAUCCACAGCUCCACAAAGCCUAGGACAGGGUCAAAGAUCUCGCUGCGACACUCGCAGCAGCGACACAGCACGCCUACACUUAGCUACAGCAGAUCUCAGGGUGCCAUUGAAGGGAUCUCUACACCAUCCAAUGUUAGCUUGUCCCAAAACCAAUCAGAGGUGUCAACACCUUCUACUCCAGACACUGCAACACCACCACAGUUGGCAGGAAGUGAUUUUGAUGGGUUCUAACACUGGAGAAAACAAUAGUGCUGAGUUUAAGCAAUGGUGUAUCCAAGUUAACCUAAGGCUACUCUGUUUGUAGAACAAUGUAGAAACAUAGACAAGAAAGAUUCACAAAAACUGCUGUGUGCCUUCCUUUGUCGUCUGUAUUGGUGUUUUUAGGUUGAUCUAGCAGCAUCAUAACUAAUGGCAAGCAUGCUUCACCAAUUACAUAUCUUGUUGAAUAGCAUUGCUUUACCGUCAUGUAGACAGGUUUGUUGGGCUGCAAAAGUAACUGCACAGAAUUACGAAAUUGGAGCUUAGCCUCAAAUCUCUGGCAACCUUGAACAGGUCCCCAAAUUAUUGUUGAUGAGGAAAAGCACAGCUGAGAAAUGCUACCUAAUAUUCUCCUGUGAAAAAAAGGGGGCUUUUCUGGCACUAUUAUGUGGGAUGAUUUGAUAGUGGUAUCUAUUUGCAUACACGAAUUCAAGAACUCUGUCAUAGAUCGAUUGAAUUUCUACACAUUUAGUAGUCUUUCGUAACGGCCAGCACAUUGAACAUGCCUGAUUUUACCUGUGACAUUUGUGUCUACAUUGAAUUAUUAGCACUAAAAGAUAGUUUCCAAGAUUAUGAAUUAUGUACAAUACCUUGCAUUCACCAUUGUGCACCUCAGUUAUAACUUGUGCUUAUGUUUGUACAGUUGUGCACUUGCUUUAUUUUCACUCACAAGGUUCGGCUUCCAUCAGUUAUGUUUGUUUUUCAACUACAUUCUUUGUGGACACCUUGAUGUCAGCCUUAUGAAAUUGGCAGGUUGUCAUCAAAUCCUGCCUGAAUAAAUGCAAGACUCGUAGGUCACAGAAUCGAAUCCCAGGUCUGGUGGCCGCAUUUUCAAUAGAGGCGAAAAUGCUUGAGGCCCGUGUUCUUUGAAGACCCCCCAGGCAGUCGAAACUUCCGGAGCCCUCUACUACAUCGUCUCUCAUAAUCAUGUGGUGGUUUUGGGACAAUUAUUGUUAUAAUGAAUAAAUGCAAGUGCAUGGG